GUUGCUUAGUAAUUGGAUCUCCCACGCUGUCUUCGUCAUUGGAUUGAGCGUAUUUGAUUGGUUGCUGUGCUCUGUUACGGGACGGAUAGACUUCGGCGAAGUCGUCAGACAUCGUAAUCGUUCGCGCAGCUUGCAGUAACGCGGCGUGAGUGCGUGAGUAAACUUAAAGUAAGUAAGUAAGUUAUGUUGUAUAAUACGUGUGUCGAGUUGCACGUGAGAAAGAGAUAAAGAGUGAGAGAAAGAAAGAAAGAAAGAGAGAGAGAGAAAAAACAAGGACAUGUGUCACGGUACGAAAAAAGGGCGCGCUUACGAAAUCUAAAGUAUUUCGUGUGAAUACUAAUGAAAUGAUAUGAAGAUAUUUAACGUGAACGAUCAUUGGAUUUCUUUACGGACUUACCAAGAAGAAGCAUUGAAUUCUAAUAAUGUCAUGAUUUUCUUUGGUGCAACAAGAAGAUGGUAUCAAUUUCGAAAAAGAUGAGAGUUUUAUAAAAAUUAAUACAAAGGUAUAUUCAUAUAAGAGAGUAUAAAAGAGAUAUAAGAGAGAAGGGUUAUUUGAAAGAUAUCCGUAGAAGAACGCUCGGUUAUUAUAACCGACCGAAUGACUUACGGUUGUGUGCAUGCCAGUGACGUGUAGUCAUCGUUCAAUGGUUGAUGGCGAUAGCCCUUCGCUUGUGGACCCUAUACUUAGUAGAUAAUCGACGCAAUAUACUGCACUUAUUAGCGUUAUAAUAAGGCGAAUGUUGAAUCGGAAGAAAUUUUCAAGCUUUAUCUUCUUUUGUUCAUGGAGAAUCAAGGAUUCGAAGGAGAACAAUAUCGCAAUAAUGGAAACAAUGGUUCUCUCAUUAACACUGAUUCCGGAAUACAUCCUGAUGUUCACGUUUACGAGGACAUCGGUCCAAGUAGCGAAGAAUUUUGUAGAAUUUCUUCCGGGUUCUCGGAAGAAUCAACUCAUUCUAGAAUAGAACAAAAUGCUCGUUCAUUUCGAACUUCGAAUUUUCUUAACGAUACGAUUGAAGGAAUCCAAUCGGAUUCUUCUCAGUCGAUUUAUUUCCAACGAAAUUUAACGUUGCCGUUUCGUCGAGGACUUUCAUCCACAACGUCAAAUCCUUCCACAAGUUAUUCCAUUUGGGAAAAGAGAUGGAAAAGUAGCAAAGAAAGAAAAGACCGUUCGUUUGAUAAAAAUUGUUCUGAUAAUUCAGAUAAUGGGAAUACAAAUUGUGCGUUAUCGAGGCUGCAAGAAGAGGAUUAUAUCAGAGCAAGUGAAAGACGCAGGAGAAAGGAUUGCAAACAUUGUAGAAACAAAGGGAACUUUGUUAAUUCUGAAAGUCAAGAAAUAAUAAACGAUCGGAUAAGUAGAGAAUUAUCAAAUUCGUGUCUACAAACGGAAACAAUUCUUUCACAGCGGAAUGACAAGUUUCUUCCGCUUUGUCAUUCGUUGAGCAAGACUACAGAAGAAUCUGAAGAGUCUGUAGGACAAAAUUCUUCUUCCAUUACGAUAUUUUCGAUCUCCGAGAAGGUUCAACAACAGCAACAACUACUACAGCAGCAGCAACAUCAUCAUCAUCAUCAUCAUCAUCAUCAUCAUGAACAGCAGCAGCAGCAGCAGGAGCACUUACCAUCAAGAACACUCGAGUACCUGCAGUACGAUAGAAACGACGUUGAGACUAAGCUCGCCCACGUGGUUGAGACCAACGAAGACAAGGCACUCAUUAUAUCGAAGAGUAGUCAACCAAGUAUGAGAAUAAAUUCGAUUUACACCCAAGAUCAUUGGUAUGCCAAGGAAGCUCCUGUUUUUUACACCGAUCUCAAAGAACCAAUUGCUUUUCAGAGGGCUUAUUCCCUCCCAGUACGAAUGCAAACUCCUACUUCACAAAAUCGAGUUAACUUGCGAAGAAGUGUCCGAGGUGAACCACCACCGGAUCCAGCAAGACUUCACAAAAGUCAUCGUGGAUGGACUUUACAUCUUGCAAGGCCAUUAGAAGGAUCUGGUUGUAACAGAUCUUUGAUCUUCUUAUUGGUUCUUAUAUUGAUACUUCUUGGAGUAGGUGCUGCUGCACUUUAUAUCGUCUUCGAACCACAAAAAUUGCAAAUUAUUCAAUUGUAUUUAAAAUCAUCGACUGGUGGAAAUUCAUCAUUGCAAAACGUCACGUCUGAUGAAUCAUUCAAUCAAGUUUUCUCAAACGAGUCGAAUAAAAUCGACUCGUCGACUACGAGAACAACUACGAGUACCGCUCAAAUGGCCGAUGUAUUUUUAAACGUAGAUUUAUCGUUCCCCGAUGAUACUUCAUCCUCGGUGAUCACGAAAACGGAAACGGAAGCAUUCAACGUUGAUCAUGCGAAUACUAAUUCUACGAGAUAUUGCGAUGACUGCUUAAGUGGAGAGGUCUGCGUUGGUUUGGUCGAUGAAGAAGUACCUAUUUGUAGAAUCGGCUUGGAUCCUGAUGAUCCAACAGGAUGUGCUGGUCUGUGUCUUAUAAACAAGCAGAGAUGUCAUCGUCUUGACGUCGAUGCUUUUAGAUGCGUUGAGAUAGAGCAUUACUGUUUGGACGACGAGUGGACUUGUUUGAAUACACUUUGUAUUCCCAUGGAAAAACGUUGCGAUGGUCAUAUGAAUUGUUACGAUCAUUCGGACGAGUACAAUUGCGUUUGCGAUUCGGAGACGCAUUUUCAAUGCGGCAAUGAUACUUCUUGCCUUCCAUUGGAAAGGAGGUGCGAUGGUAGAAUAGAUUGUUGGGAUGCUAGCGAUGAAAUUAAUUGCACAUUAGGUCAUAAUCUUGGUCGGUCUUGCCCAUUGGAUAGCGAGUUUACGUGCAGUAACGGGCAAUGUAUAUUAAGGGCUCGAUUUUGUGAUGGUUUGGUUGAUUGCACCGAUGGAUCGGACGAACCACAUGGAUGCGAGGGUCGAUGCAAUAAGCACGAAUUCACGUGCCAAAAUAGUAGAUGCAUUGCAAAGGGAGCAAAAUGCAAUGGAAUGGACGAUUGCGGUGACAAUAGUGACGAAAGGCACUGUAAAGAUCAUAUUAUCUAAUAUUUAUAAACAAAUAAAAGUAUUUGCAAUGAGAAAGA